CAUCUUUUGGGGGGGAGGGAAAUCAGUGGGUCUGAGUCUUGGAGAAAGCUGUGUCUUUUUUUUUUUUUUUUAAGAAGAAAAAAAAAAAUAAAGGGAAGAAAAUCCAGCAGAGAAAAGAAGAGAGAGAGGAUUUCCAGCUGUGGAGGAAUAGAAGAGAAGAAGACAAAUACAGGAGGAAGAACAGAGAAAUACAUUGCAACCAAGGAGUUUUGAUUUUAUUUUAUUGUGUUUUUUAAAAAGGAAAAAAAAUCUAUAAGCAGGAAAAAAGAAAGAAAGAAAGAAAAAAAGAAAAGAAAAAGCAACUGAGAAGGGUUAUAAAAAGAGCAAAUACCAAGAAGGGUGAACAAGAGAAGAAAGUCAAGGCAAGGAGGAGCCCAAAGCUGGCAGAUCGGGAGGAUUUGCAGGGGAGAAGGGGGGGGAAGAUUGGAAAUGCAGCUCUGGAGUUUGCUGCUGCCUCUUGCGCUUCUCUGUAUAGCCCUAGCCAGUGGACCCGAAUGUGGGAUGGACGAGCGCUCCCGCAGGGCAAGAAGGGACACCAGGCACACCCGCCAGAUCCACUACACUGCCCCGGGCACCUGUGCCACCAGGUUAGCCCGAGGAAGGCGCUCCACUGCUGGUAUAGAGCCUCUGCAUGUCCCUCGCAGGAGGCAACAGCGGGAGGCAAAGGGCGAAGAGGAUUCCCUUACCCCAAGCAGGGCACUCUAUUUCAGUGGACAAGGGGAUCAGCUGCGGCUGAAAGCAGAUACCGAGCUGCCUAGAGAUGCCUUCACUUUGCAAGUGUGGCUGAAAGCUGAAGGUGGACAGAGAUCUCCAGCUGUCAUUGCAGGACUAUAUGACAAAUGUUCUUACACCUCUCGUGACCGAGGAUGGGUCCUGGGGAUAAACACCAUCAGUGACCAGGGCAAUAGAGACCCCCGCUAUUUCUUCUCGCUGAAGACAGACCGUGCUCGCAAAGUUACCACCAUUGCCGCACAUCGCAGCUACCUCCCUAAUCAGUGGGUGCACCUGGCUGCCACCUAUGAUGGGCGCCUGAUGAAACUCUAUGUGAAUGGUGCCCAGGUGGCUACAAGCGGGGAGCAGGUGGGCAGCAUCUUCAGCCUUCUGACCUUGAAGUGCAAGGUGCUCAUGAUUGGAGGAAAUGCCCUAAACCAGAACUAUCGGGGUUACAUAGAGCACUUCAGCUUUUGGAGGACAGCCCAAUCUCAGCAGGAGAUCUUGUGGGACAUGGGCCAGGCUAUUCAUGGACAAGGCACCCCUCUACCUCAGCUAGUUCUUCAAGACAGUUUACUGAAUGUGAAAAGCACCUGGUCUCCUAUGAAAGAUGGCAGCAGUCCUCAGAUUAUGUUCAGCCAUCACCAUAGCUACUUGCUGGAUACCAGCUUGGAUCCUCCUCUCUGUGGACAGACAGUCUGUGACAAUGUGGACGUGAUUGCCAGCUACAACAAGCUCCCAAGCUUCCGCCGCAACAAGGUGGUACGUUACCGGGUAGUGAACCUCUACGAUGACAAGCACCAAAAUCCCACGGUCAGCCGUGAGCAGAUUGAGUUUCAGCAUCAGCACCUGAACGAGGCCUUCAGCCACUACAAUAUUACCUGGGAGCUGGAGGUGCUGGAGGUGAAGAACUCCUCACUUCGCCACCGGCUCAUCCUAGCCAAUUGUGACAUCAGCAAGAUUGGAGAUGAAAGCUGUGACCCUGAGUGCAAUCACACCCUGACUGGGUAUGAUGGAGGGGAUUGCCGGCAUGUGCGUCAUGCUCUGUUCAACAAGAAGAAGCAAAAUGGGGUGUGUGACAUGGAUUGUAACUAUGAAAGAUACAGCUUUGAUGAUGGGGAGUGCUGUAACCCGGAGAUAACUGAUGUCACCAAGACAUGUUUUGACCCCUAUUCUCCUUACAGAGCAUAUUUAGAUGUCAAUGAACUAAAAAAUAUACUGAAACUGGAUGGAUCUACACACCUCAACAUCUUCUUUGCUAACUCCUCUGAAGAAGAGCUGGCUGGAGUGGCCACCUGGCCUUGGGAUAAAGAAGCCUUGAUGCAUUUAGGUGGUAUUGUGCUGAAUCCAUCGUUUUAUGGCAUCCCCGGCCACACACAUACAAUGAUCCAUGAAAUUGGGCACAGCCUGGGGCUCUACCACGUCUUCCGGGGAAUCUCCGAGAUCCUAUCCUGCAGUGACCCCUGCAUGGAAACCGAGCCCUCAUUUGAGACAGGAGACCUCUGCAGUGAUACCAACCCAGCUCCAAAGCAGAAGCUGUGUGGGGACCCUGGGCCUGGCAAUGACACAUGUGGUUUUCGCAGUUUCCUAAACACACCAUACAGCAACUUCAUGAGCUAUGCAGAUGAUGACUGCACCAACUCUUUCACGCCCAAUCAAGUAGCAAGAAUGCACUGCUACUUGGACCUGGUAUACCAGAGCUGGCAGCCUGCCAAGAAGCCAGCCCCCAUUGCCAUCGCCCCACAGAUCGUAGUCCGAACAUCAACCUCCAUCACCCUGGAAUGGUUCCCUCCCAUCGAUGGCCACUUCUUUGAAAGAGAAGUGGGAUCAGCAUGCGAUCUGUGUGUGGAAGGAAGAGUCCUGGUGCAAUAUGCCUUCAGUGCCUCCUCACCAAUGCCAUGUGACCCAUCAGGGCACUGGAGUCCAAGAGAAGCAGAAGGUCAUCCUGAUGUAGAGCAACCUUGUAAAUCCAGUGUCCGGACUUGGAGUCCCAACUCGGCAGUCAAUCAGCACACGGUGCCACCAGCCUGUCCUGAACCUCAGGGCUGCUACCUGCAGCUGGAGUUCCACUAUCCUCUGAUUCCAGAGUCCCUCACUAUCUGGGUGACAUUUGUCUCCCCAGACUGGGACUCGAGCGGAGCAGUGAAUGACAUCAAGCUGCUCAGCACCAGUGGGAAGAACAUCUCUCUGGGGCCUCAAAAUGUCUUCUGUGACAUCCCCCUGACUAUCAAGUUGGAUGCCAAGCAGGUGGGCGAGGAAGUGUAUGGCAUCCAGAUCUACACUUUGGAUGAGCAUCUGGAGAUUGAUGCGGCUAUGCUGAGCUCCAUCCCUCAGAGCCUAUUGUGUGCAGACUGCAAACCCAUCCAAUAUAAGGUGAUCCGGGACCCUCCUUUCCUGACUGGCUCUCCAUUCAUCAUCUCAAACCUCAACAGGAGAUUUGUGGACAUGGAGGUGAGUGACAGUACCACAUACACAUACCAGGUUGUUGUUGUUACGGGGACAACAGAGAGUGAACCUUCCCCUGCACUCGUGUAUGUCUCUGGAAGUGGAUACUGUGGAGAUGGGAUUAUCCAAAGAGACUUGGGGGAAGAAUGCGAUGACAUGAAUAAGAUCAACGGUGAUGGCUGCUCCCUCUUUUGCCGGCAGGAGUUAUCCUUUAAUUGCAUUGAUGAACCUAGCAGGUGCUACUUCCAUGAUGGUGAUGGAGUGUGUGAAGAGUUUGAACAAAUGACUAGCAUCAAAGACUGUGGUGUUUAUACUCCCAAAGGCUUCCUGGACCAAUGGGCUUCCAAUGUGUCAGUCUCACACAACAAUGACCAGCAGUGCCCGGGAUGGGUGGUCAUUGGCCAGCCAGCAGCUACACAGGUGUGCCGAACAAAAGUGAUUGACCUGAGUGACGGGGUGUCUCAGUAUGCUUGGUAUCCGUGCACAGCCAACUUUCAGUAUUCACAUAUAGCUCAGACCAUUUUCUGGCUCAAGACGUUUUUUUCACAACCUAUGGUAGCUGCUGCAGUGAUUGUGCACUUGGUCACUGAUGGAACAUACUAUCUGGAUCAGAAGCAGGAAACCAUCAAUGUGCAACUGUUUGACACCAAGGACCAAAGCCAUGAUCUCGGUGUCCACGUUCUGAGCUGCAGGAACAAUCCCCUGAUUAUCCCCGUGAUCCAUGACCUCAGUCACCCUUUCUACCACACCCAGGCUGUCCUGAUUAGCUUCAACUCCCAGUUUGUGGCCAUCUCCGGGGUGGCCCUGCGCUCCUUUCACAACUUCGACCCCAUCACCAUCAGCAGCUGUCAGAGAGGACAGACCUACAGCCCAGCUGAGCAGAGCUGUGUCCACUACUCUUGCGAAGCCACUGACUGCCAAGAGCUGGAGAUUGAGAAUGCCAUGCUGAACUGCACCAGCGGUGGGUGGUACAACGGUGCCCAGUGCAACAUUAGUUGCAAGACAGGCUACAUCCUGCAAGUGCACAGAGAUGACGACCUCAUCAAGAGCCAGUUGGGGUCCAGCAUCACCAUGACUUGCGUGGAUGGAAAGUGGAACAAACAGGUGACCUGUGACCCUGUGGAUUGUGGUAUCCCUGAUCAAUACCACGUCUACCCAGCCACAUUCAACUGCAGUGAGGGCACCACUUUUGGCAAGAAGUGCUCCUUCACUUGCCGACCUCCUGCUCUCCUGAAAGGAAACAACAGCAACUUGACCUGUAUGGAAGAUGGGCUGUGGUCUUUCCCCGAGGCCCUUUGUGAGCUGAUGUGUCGGGCUCCAUCAGUAGUUCCCAAUGCAGAUCUUCAGACUGCCCGCUGCCGUGAUGAUAAGCACAAAGUGGGCUCCUUUUGCAAGUACAAGUGCAAACCAGGCUACCAUGUUCCUGGAUUGUCCAGGAAGGCAAGAAAGAGGGCCUUUAAGAUCCAGUGCACGCAAGAUGGCACCUGGGUGGCUGGAGCAUGUGUGCCUGUGACCUGUGAGCCUCCACCUUCCAAGUUUCAUGGACUUUACCAGUGCACCAAUGGCUUCCAGUUCAACAGUGAGUGCCGGAUCAAGUGUGAAGAUGAUGACAAUCAAUCAGGCCGCGGCAACAACGUGAUUCACUGCCGGAAGGAUGGCACCUGGAGCGGCUCCUUUCACCUCUGCAGGGAGAUGCAGGGCCAGUGCUCUCUUCCCACUCAGCUCAACAGUAAUCUUAAGCUGAAGUGUGCUAAUGGCUACGGAAUAGGAGCUGAGUGUACCACCUCAUGCCUGGAUCACAAUGAACCCAUCCUGCUGCGUGCGAACGAGACCUUGCAAGACAUCCAGCACUGGAUGAAUCCUCAACGAGUGAAGAGCGUUGUCUGCACAGCAGGGCUCAAAUGGUACCCUCACCCUUCACUGAUCCACUGUGUCAAAGGCUGUGAGCCUUUCAUGGGAGACAACUACUGUGAUUUUAUCAACAACCGAGCCUUCUGCAAUUAUGAUGGUGGGGACUGCUGCGCCUCAACAGUGAAGACCAAAAAGGUUACUCCUUUCCCUAUGUCCUGUGACUUACAAGGAGAAUGCGCUUGCCUGGAUCCCAACGCCCAAGAGCACAGUCAAAAGGACCUGCGUGGCUUCAGUCUUGGGUAACGCCAAACAAGGUGGAAUGGACAGCCACACCGCACGAGGCAGGCUAGGAGAGACACCACAUCUCUUUUUGGUAUUGUUUUUAACAUUUAGCUGCUCAACUGGAUGGCAUUUCUGCACCAGGGACCCUUAGAAUUCAACCAGUCUGCCUUUAAUUUUUGUCCAAGAAGGACUCAAAGUAGGGGUUUCUGUAUUAAAUAUAUCUUAAAUAGUGACAACAAAAACAAACAGCAACAAAGAGUCAAGUCAAGAAGACUUUUAAGUAUCAAAACAGCAUGUGUUAUGCAGUUGUGUGCCCACCUAAUUUGAACAGUUUGUAUCUAGAUUUAAGGCGAGAAACAAGCCAUAUAUAUAUAUAUAUACGCAUAUUUAUAGAGAAAAAAUAGGGAGAGAAAGAGAGAAAAAGAGAGAUUGACAACAAAGCAAAAACACUUUCCCCUCUCCAGUGCUCACAACUCAGACCAUUCAUGGAAGCGGCUAAGCUCUCAGAUGAAACCAAGCCCAGCCUAGUCUGAUGUUGAAUGCCAAGGUAUCUCAUGCUCAGGGCACUGAGGUUGGGGUGGGUUCACCACAGGGCAGUGCAUCUUGGCAAGUGAUUUGCUGAGUACCCAGCUGAAAAGCGGGUUGUGUUAGCUCAUCACAGGAACAUUACUUCCAGCCUGGGAGCUUUGCAACUGAUGUGGUCUUUUCAGCACAGCUCCCUGGCUUGUGACCAGCCUGAAAACUGUAGUGCUCACAGGUGAGAGCUCCAGCAAUAUUUAAGUGUAGAGGUGGGCAGACAAGUCCCAUGGUGAAGCAGAGGGAGUGGGAAGUCUAAGGAUUGGCAUGUAAGUGUUGGGCUGGCACUGAAGAAUGGAGAUUUUUGCUCCUGAGGGAACAGAGAGGGUAACUCAAACCCCCAUACUUGUCGUUCGAGCAUGUCUGCUGCUGCUACUCCUGCUGCUAUGUCCCAUACAACUAGUUUCCUUACUGUGUCAGGACAGGGUGAAAACAACCCCAAGCAACCAAACAGUCUGCCUUAAAGCUUACCUACAACCUGUCUUUCAAAUCCUCUGGUUUCCUUCUCAGCACUGGGGCAAGAAAACAGGACACCAGUCAGUCAAAGGGAUCUGCUUCUUUAUCUCCAUCUAGCCAAUGGUUCAUCUAAAAUUUCUCCUCUCCCUGUGUGGGUUUGCAUAUGUUAUAUUUAAAAAAAACAACAAAAAAACUCUUCAUUUCCUGUUGUCCCAGGAGAGGGAGGAAGGCAAGAGGGCCCCUAAAGUGUGUGAAAAGCACAAGCCAAGAGAAAAAGAUAUCUGGGGAUAGUAUUAGUGUUUCAACCUCCUUUGUCAGUAUUAGAUUCCCAGGCCUGUGGACAUGGCCCAGAUGGUAGCUUGAUAUCAGCUUCCUUGACUCUUCCAAAAGAAAUGGCAUUGUGUGCAGCUGUAUUCGCACCUCCCAUCUGCACAUCCCCUAUCUAUCCCCUUCUAGCCCUGGAGAGCAUCCCUUGCCCCAAUCCUUUGGAUAUUUAUUUCUGAACUGGGACUCAGCAUUUUCUGGUUGCCCAGCACCCACUCAGUCCUUGUGAUGUCCACUGGAUUCAGUGCAGUCACUGCUGCUACAACCCAUCCCAAAUAAAUCCUUAAUGUCUGCACAAUUUGGGAAGGAGUUGCCUCCUGUUGCUUAGGGCUCCUACUUACAGUAACAAGUAUCUAAGUAAAUGUCCUGUUAAGUGUUAAUUCUUCUAUCUCCAGGGCUUUAGUGGUCUUAAAGAAGAAGCAAGCUGACAUUGUCUUACUGGGAAAUCUCAGCAUAAAUUUGGACAGCAGCAAGUGCAAAUGUUCACAAUCUAUAAUAGCCCCUGUGGCCAGAUCUGGGGCCACUUUGAAGCUGUCUUUGAGCAGAUGUGAAUCUCUUGGACAAAAGCAGCUUGAAAUGAACUUUCUCCAAAUAAGUAUUUACACUCUGCAGAAAGGAAAAGCUAUAGAGAAAACCAUUUAAAUCCACAAUUUACCAGGGUGGCUGCAAAAUGCUGGGAAAAUGGCUAUAGGAAAAAUCAGUAAACUUCCAGGGCCCAGGGUCUGGUUUCUUCAGGAUGCAAUGAUAAAACCAAAUAGAUCCCUGUUGCAGGUCUACUGAUAACAAGGAAGUUAAAUUAAGAGCAAACCUGAGAAAUGCAUAUGUGGGGACAUUGAGGAAGAGCCUGUGUCAGAAAUCUGGUGAAAGAUCCAUGUUCAAAAUCCCUGUCUUCGGUCUUAGACUAUGGGGUGACCCUGGCAGUAAUGCAAGCAUCUCACACUCACUGCUGUCCGUCAGGGUGCAUAGGAGUAAAAAGGAGAGUUCAGGCACAGUGGCUCUUUCAGGGAAGUUUGACUAUAUUCUCAGCUCCGGCUGAUGUUAAUGGGUCUUCCAUUAGACACCCAGUUCUUUGCAGCCCUCAGGCUUUUGCCUCUUAACGACAAAUGUUAACAACAAAAAGGAAAUACAUACAAGCAGUUUGCAUUCUCCCCCUCCCUCACCUUAUCUUAGCUAGUUCCCAACUUGUCACCUGGUUCAUUAAAAUGACCCAUAUAUGUUGAUCUCAUUAUGGCCUCUGUGCCUGAGAUGUUGGCAUGAGCUUUACUCUGUCCUCCAUCGUGUCCACCUGCCCCAGAACAGAGCGCUCCCAAGUUUGCAGACUCCAGAAGGGAGCUCCAUUAAGCAAAUUACCUUUUGCUGUUCUGGGCUUCUGAGGAUACCGGGGCCAACAUAGCCCUUUCUGCACAGAAAAGUGUGAAUGGGUAGAGCUUAGGGCAAGCUUUUUCUUACAGAACAUGAGCUCUCCCCACUUCAGAGGGAGGGUUCAGCCUGGAGAGAAGUAUAGCUUCUCACCUCAAUGGCUUCACACGACAGCAUCAGGCUUGCAGUCCCAGGGCAUCUCCCUGCUGCAGUAGCCCUCUUCCGAAGGACCGACUCUCCAUGCUGCUAUUUUUUUCACUGCUGUCUACACUGUGCAUCUCCUCCGGUCGGGCUUACAGAUCCAGGAGCAGAAGUCAGUACUUCUACUCUAUAUCAGGGGAUAAUGCUGAUCUCCAGCUCUGCCCAGUCACACUUUCCAAACACAAGGACUUGGUAAGAGGGUGCUAUGAGACAUGAGCUUCUGGCUAACUUCCACUCCCUUGUGUAUCUGUGCAGAGGGAAGGUUUAAAUUGACCCUUGGUGUUUAGGCAUUAGCUCCUUAAGGGCUCAGUCAGAGGUGUAGUUCCUGUUGACUCUAAUGGACAUUGGACUAGUCCCAUGUGAACUUCCUCAAGUGAAUGUGGGGCACAGAGAAUAAUUCAUGCCAACAGCCUCCAGCUGCUGACUCAAGGUAGGUCCCAUUGCACCUAACUUUGUGGCAAGUGCAUCUUUGUAACAGGACUGCACCCAGCACUGCACCCCACAAAAACCAUUAGCAAACCUGCUGGCUUCACUGGGACCAGGACUUGCCCAGCCCUGGCUCCUGCUGUUGGUGGUCUCAGUGACUAGGAGGAGGGAGAGCUUGAGCAGAGAGCCAUGAUUUGUACAUGAUGAGGGGUGGGGAAAACCUAUCAGCUGCUAUCCCAACCUCACCCCCACCCAGACUGAGCUGGUGUCCCUGCUUUCUUGCAUGUUUUGCCGUCUCCUCAAGGCUGGGAGAGGAGGAUAACCCCAGAGGACACUUUGAAGUCAGGUUCCAGCUACCUCCCUUCCGGUUCCGGUUUCACUUGGUUGUAACUGUCGGUUUGUUCUAGGUUUUACCUGUGUUAAAAAAAAAAAAAGAGAGAGAAAAAAAAACGAAAAAAAAAAAAACCAACAACAGUUUCUUGCUGCAACUGAUUCAAGUGGGAAAACAACAACAACCAUGAUGCUUUACAGAGAAAAAAAAAGAGAGGAGAAAAAAGAAAGAGAGCAAAAAGGAAAAAAAUGCAUGUUCCAAACCUGAGAAAAGCAGAACCUAUUUUUGUGUGUUCGAAAGCAAAACACGUUGUCUGCCAACUGAGUAGAGAGUUAGACACUUAAGUGUAGAUUUCCCUAGAAAUACAGUGAGGUUUUAUAACAUUGUCUGGUUUUGUUUUCCUUGUGCUUUGUGAUAAGUCCAGGAAAUAAGGCUACUUCUUUUUCUUGGUAUAUUGUUGCUUUUGGGGUUUUUAUUUUAUUUUUCCAGAUUAUUUUUUAAAAAGAUCAUGUGUAUUUGUGCUUUUUUUUUUACAUUAUCCAACUGUACAUAUGCAUUUAACCAGUAUUUCACUGUGCUCUCAUUACUGCACUCAGAAUCACUGCACAGUCCAAAUUCAGAACAUUGAGAGAGUGAGAGAGAGAGAGAGAAAGAGAAAGAGAGAGAGAGAGAGAGAGAGAGAGAAUUAAAAAAAUAAAAAAGAAAAGCUGCUAAAUGAUCAGACAGGUAAUUCCAGUUGGUUGGAAUUGGGGGCACUAAAUGGUUCCCCAUUUCCUAGACUCCAUCCCUGGAUUUUCAUUAGAAUUCAAAUUAGAAGACAGAAGUAGGUGGGGAGAGCGGUUAAACCAAUGCCUUGGUUGGCUGGGACUUUUAAAAGGAUUUAGAUAUUGGGAGGUCGUUAUUUAACUCCUUCGGAUGGCCUUGAAAAUUCCAGCCUGAAGGCCUCAUCUUGCAGUUUUCUCACCUGCCAAACUCCCAAAGACUCCAGUGAGAGGUAGAUACAUGCAUCUGAACUGUCCUUGGGAGAGGGCCCUGUGCAGUGAUGUGGAUACUCUCGUUACCCUUAAGAUCCUGAGUCUGAUUUUGAUCUCAAUGGUAUAUAACUACAUUGACUUUGAUCUCAGUGGUAUAACUCCAACUUCAACUGAGUUAUUUCCACUUUACACUAUUCCAGGGGCCAAAACCUGUAACGCUCUGAGCCCUUCCAAGUGGUGCUGAGCACCUUUAACUCUGACUGACAGUGUUGUUAUUCUUGGAUUGAGCCUUGGCAGACUAGUCUUGUUUCCACUGAUGGAAAUAAACCAUUGAGCUCAGUGGGAGCUUGAUCAGGACUUAGCUAAGACUCUCAUCUGCCCAGCUGUAUUUCUACAGGCCAUGUGGGCAAUAGGACCUAAAAUUAAUUGACUGCUCCUGCCCCAGUGAAACCAGUGUUCAAAACUCUCAUUUAUUUUUGUGGGAGCAAUAUAGGGCUUAUCAUUUGACUUCAGUAAUAUUUUUUGGCAAAUAAAUAUUAUACUUCUUUGGCCUGAUCUACAGAUCCAGAAUUUAAUUAAAAAUGUAAUUUGUUCCUCUGUGGCCAAGGACAAGUGCAUGAGUUGGCUUCACUGUAGUCAGACAGUGAGUCUUGGUGCUAUUUAUUCAAUGUUAUUAUUGUCAGGAGGGGAGGUGGAACUAAUGAGGGUCAUGUUUGAGCCAAAAGAACCUCAGUUCUGAACAUUUCUUUGGUUCAAUUCUAUAUAUUUUCAUUUUUGCAUCUUCAUUUGGUGAGGUCACAAUUCAACCACCAGUUUCGAUCUUCUGAGUGCAAAGAACCAGGGCUUUAAUGACAUAUUUUCACCAGCAAUUAAAGAGGGAGGAAUUGGAACCAUUAUGGAGUUUGCAUUGUACGGCCUCUGUAAUCACUUACCUGUCUGCAGAUAAUGGGCUGGAUUUUGCUCCCAUCAAAGCCAGUUAGAGGUUUUUUUGUUUUUGUCACUGGCUUCAAUGGGAGCAGAAUAGAGCCAUAUUAUAUAUAUAAAUAUAUAUAUGAUAUAUAUAUAAUAUUAUAUGUGUAAUAUUAUAUAUAUGUGUGUAAUAUUUACAAGUAAAACUGUGAUCUCGUCUAGAGAAAAAAAUGUAUUCAUAUUACCAACUGCUCUUCCAUAUUUAUGUAUCAUAUUUUAUCUUUUUAUUAUUGUUAUAAUUAUUAUGAUUAUUAUGGUUAUCAUUAUUAUUAUGGAAUCUUUCUUGGCACCUUUUGGAAGCCACGACAACCAAUAAUCCAAUGAAGUGCUGAGGAUCUAUUUUCACAAGAAUUCUACUGGUCUACUGUAUAAAAGAGAAAAAAAAAAGAAAAAAAAGAAACAAACAAAAUACAGUUCAACCCUAAAUUCUGUACCUCACGCCUGUACGUUUGCUGCUCCAAUUUUGGGUUUUUAUUUUGCGUUCGUUUGUUUUAACGAAUCUAAUUUAAGUCUCCAAGCAAUAUAUAAAGAUGUAAAUAGUAAAGCUUAUUUAUUAAGAUUGUCAUCUUUUUUUAAUUUAUAUUUACACAGUUGUUCAUCUAAUUUAUUUUUUUCAAUACAGUUUUUAACAGUUGUUCUUUUUUUGGUUCAUGAGUUUUUUUAUCAUUUUCACAGAAUGUCUUUAUACAGGUUUCUCUCUGCUCCCAUUACAUAAAACCAAGUCCUCUGGUCGUUCAAGUACAAAUCACAUUUCACUAAAAAAAAAUAUGUCCAAGACAUCAGAAAUAUUUUGCCAUUGUUGAUUCCUAUACCCUAAAGUUCUAUAUUAUAUAAAUAUAUAAUACCUUGUAUGCUUAACUAUUUAACUGUGUGAUUUUGUAUAUACCUACAUACACAUGCUCACACACAUAUGAGGGUUAAUGUCCCGAUGUUGGGAGAACAGAAUCAGAAACACAAACAAUAUAAGAUUGUAUUAAAGAGUUCUGAACUGGA